UCCCUCCCUCCAUCCCUCCCUCCGCACUAACGACAUUACAACCUGCUUGCAAACCGCCGCCCAUGCCCGGAGCUCGGCCGAGUGCGUUGAGGCGCAGAGCCGCGGGGGUGUCGCCACCACAGUCGGACUGAGAAGCGCGCACGCACCCGGACGACCACCAUCACCUCCAGGACGAGGGAGGGCGAGGAGGGGGAGGAGGAGGAGGAGGAAGAGGAAGGAGGUUUCUAAGAAGGAGUGGAAGGAGGAGAGGGAGAAAUAAACACCACGCGUGUUUUCCCCUUUUUUUAUUUUUAUUUUUUUAGCGCGUGUGUCGGGGGAAAGAAGAAGGAGGACGGGAUCAACCACCGGGGCCGAGAUGGAUGAGGUGUCGCAAGAGGAGAGGCUCCAGGUCAUCGCUGAGAAAAGGAAGAAGCAGACAGAGAUUGAGAACAAAAGGAGGCAGCUGGACGAUGACCGGCGGCAACUCCAACAUCUCAAGUCCAAGGCUCUGAGGGAGCGCUGGUUGUUAGAUGGAGCUCCAGCCGAGGAGGAGACGCAAAGGCGUCUGCAGGAGGAGGAGACGAAGACCAAAAUCUUGGAGCAGGUCAUUUUCAGGCUGGAGCAGGAGAUUGAAGAACUGGAGACAGGAGUGCCAGCCAAUAAGGGUGUGGCCAAAGAAAAUGGAGGAGAGAACGGCGUUGUGCAGACCCCCAAAAGAGAGGCGGCCGGGAUAGAGGCCAAGCUGCUGGGCCCCAGCCCCGAGCAGGCCAGCGCCGACAACCCCGUCACGCUCGUCUUCAUGGGCUACAAGACGGUGGAGGAAGAGCAGGAGGGCCGCACGGCUGCCGCCGCCGCCGGGGCCGACGGCAACGUCAAGGCCGAGUUUGUGAUGAUCGAGGACGGGGAGGCCAAGCUGGCGGCGGGGGCCGCCGACGCGGCCACCGAGGACCAGGCGCCGCCCAACGGGAGCAUGGCCGAGAAGGAAAAGGCCGAAGGGGUGGAGGAGAAAGAGAAGAAGCAAAACUGCAAGUGCUGCGUGGUCAUGUGAGCUAUGUGUGUGUGUGUGUGUGUGUGCGUAUGCACACAAGGGAAUGAAUGUGCGGGCUUGUGUGCCAUUGCAUGUGUCUGUUAGCAAACGCGUACUUUAGCUUUGUGUGUGUGUGUGUGUGUGUGUGUCUGCGUGCGUGCGUGCGCGUGCGUGUGCAGAAUGUAUGAGCCGUGUGCGUGUCAGGACCGUACAAUGCCAAUUCACCACCUUCGAGAGCCAAAACAAGCUCCAGCUCCAGCUCCAACUAACAACAACAAAAAAGAAUCCACAAAGACUUACAAGUACUCAGCCUACUUUACACUCGUAUUUUGACUUUUGGUUUCUAUUGAUAGUUUUCUAUUUUUCUGUCUAUUGUAUUCCGUAUAUCUUUGUUAUUGUUAUGAUUAUGGGACUGUGUACUGUACUGUUUGUUGUUAUUGUUGGAAAGGGAGGAAAUAUCUGCUAGCUCUCUGGAUUGUACCACUAUCCCCUCAUUUUGACCUGGAAAACUAAAAGAAAAAAAAGUCAUUCAUUGUGCAAACAAGACACAGAUGCUUCGGAAUAUAUAUCUCUGUAGGCCUAGCUAACUAUUUAUCAGCCAAUUUCAUAUUGCAAUAUUGUCCGAGAUAUUAUUUUGAAUAGUAUUUUAAUAUAUUGACUUGAAAUUACGUUUUAUACAGUGUAUUUAUUUGUUUUUUGGGCGGUUUUGUGUGUAAUCCAUCAUGGCCACCACCAUUAACUUGCAUGUAAACUUUGUGUCAUUAACCAGCGCCGUCUUUCGCUGACUUGGCUCGGACUUAUGCCGCGGGUUCAAGUGGUCAAUUUAAUGCUUAAAUCCGUGUUGAGAACAUUUCAAUUGACGUUUACAUUAAUGUAACACAUGAAAACAUUGUAAGUAACCCCCACCUUACAUCAAGUCAUGAUGACUGUUUUAAGGGAUAUCACCCCAAAAAGUUUUUUGCUUUUUAAAGUGAGCAAUAUUCGCAUUACAAAACUGACCAUGUACCACCUUAAAGACAAAAAAAAAUCUGAAUUGUCACUUGAACCAUGCGGCAUCCAGAGUCACGCGAGCCACCGUUCGAUCACAAUAUAUUCCAUAGAUGCUUCCCGUCACUACUAUAUGUGGUAUAUUUUAUAUAUAUAUAUAAAAUAUAUAUAUAUACGUACAUGAAAGUCACAGCUUUUUGUAUUAUUUCAACCGUUCUGAACAAGUGAGUUGCACAGCUGCCCGGGGGAGGGAAGGUGUCGUUGCCCUCCUCACCCCCUGCGGACAGUAGACUUGUAGCACUGCAUGAAGCCUCGCAACCGCGUGAACCGUCUCGUCACUGUUAUGUCGUUUUUGAUGUGUGCGCAAUCACCCUUUCACGUGAAUGUAAACGCCAGCCUGAGUUCCAUCGGGAUGUGCAGGCCCCUGAAGCGAGAAGAAGAGGAGUCAGGCUUUGUGCAGCUCACGCUUAAUGCUUUUUGUGUCUUUAUCAACCAAAUAAAAUCUGUUGCUACUGUAAAAUUGUGAA